UGGAUGGGGUUACCACCAUCCCUCCUCUCCUCCUCCUCAUUUGUUCGAAACCAAACCAGUGGAAAGCUAGGGUUUCGCCGACUCGCGAGUGGAGGGCGCUGCUCGUCGCCAGGCUCGUCGCCGGCGGGAUGGCCGGUCGUCCGUCAGCAUCCUCUCUCCGUCAAACUGUUUGGUUUCGCCGGCUCUGUCUGCCACGCCCCUCUCUUUCGUCGACUCUCUCCGUUGAGCUCUCUGGUAAGGGCUAGGUUCCAUGUAGAUAAGAUGUCCUCUGCACACGUAUAUUUGAGAUUCAAUAAAGGUCAGACAAUCACAUAAGUGAAGGUGUGCUUGAAGAUUGUGGCCAGCUUGUGAAAGCUAAUUCCAUUCAAGGUAAUAAGACUAAUAACAUUGAUGUGGUUUAUACACCGGGGUAUAAUCUAAAGAAGACUCCUCCAUGGAUGUGGGUCAAGUUGGUUUUCACAACUCUAAAUUGGUUUGUUGUUUCCCUCCUCCCAAAGCCUCAACAAUGCCGCCUCCCCUCCUCCUCCUCUUCUUCCUCCUCGCCGGCGUGGGCGCCACCACCACGGUGGAGGAGCCCCCGGCGGCGCUGUCCCCGCCGCACAAGAACGCGACGCUCUCUGAGAUCCUCCUGCGCUACGGCCUGCCACCGGGGGUGUUCCCCACCAGCAUCACCGCCUUCACCCUCGCCGCCAACGGCAGCCUUGCCGUCGACCUCCAGGGCCCCUGCUACUCCCACUACGAGUACCUCACCUACUUUGAGGCCCGCGUCGUGGGGCUCCUCCGCUACGGCUCUCUCACCGACCUUUCCGGGGUCAAGGUCCGCCGCUUCCUCGUCUGGUUCGACGUCAUCCGAGUCAAGGUCGACCUCCCGCCGCCCCCGCACUACGUCUACCUCGACAUCGGAUGGAUCACCCGCAAGCUUCCUGCCGACGAGUUCGAGUCCCCCCACAAGUGCGACGACUCCAAGAAAUGCCGCCUCUCGUCCGCGCUCGCCACGGCUGCCGUGUGGUUUCAGGUUUGACGUGUUCCUCCCCUUUGUGAUUCCGAGCUGUUUGUGUUCGAUAGGUUCUUGAUUUAGGCUUACUGGGUGCUGGUUUUGCUUGCCAAAUUAGUCUCUUGUUAGAAAUUAAUCUGCUGCCAAGUAACAAGCGAAUUUAAUUUCUCGGAUUGUGUUUUUGUGCCGUCAAUUUCAAAGUUAAUAGCGGAACUAUGCUGAGAAUUUGUGGUGUUUCCUGGUCAUUGUUUCGUGUCCAACUUGUGUUCUUCCUGGCUGCUCACUCCUGUGGUGGUUAAUUUUGACUUGUAUGUAAUUACCUUGAGGUUGCGUAAU